AUAAACUUUUUCUUUCUUACAAAUAAAGUUUUACUCGUAAAGUUGAGGUUCAGAAGUGGUAUAUACUAUACUCAUAUUUUAUAAAUGAACUACGCCACUGUUAAUUCAUUCUUUUGUUACAAAUUUUAGAUCCAAAAUGUUGUUUGGUGUGGCUAUUAUUGUUGGCUUGUUAUGGUUAUUUUACAAACUUUGGGUAUCUAACUAUAAUUACUGGAAGGAGAGGGGUAUACCAUCUUACCCAGCAGAAUUCCCUUAUGGUAGCGAUCCAAACUUAGUGAAAUUAAAAACAUUUCAAGGCUACACCAUUGAUAAGAUGUACCACGAAUUCUCUCCGCAUCCACUGUUUGGAAUUGUUGUGCUAAGGAAACCAUUGCUGGUAGUGAAAGAUCCAGAAUUAGUCCAGCUGGUUUUGACAAAAGAGUUUUCACACUUCAGAGAAAGGGGCCUGAUAAAACUUUUAAAAAAAGAUACAUUAAAUCAUCACUUAUUCCAUCUUGGAGGAGAAAGGUGGAGACCUUUAAGAAUGAAACUUACUCCUACAUUUACCAGUGGAAAACUGAAAGCUAUGUUCCCCCUUUUUAUUAGUUGCGCUGAGAGUUUUAGUUCCCUCCUGUUGUCAAAAGCUGAUUCAAAAGUCGAUAUAAAAGAAUUAGCAGGUCGUUUUUCAGCAGAUGUCAUCUGUAGCUGUGCAUUUGGCUUAGAUAUGGAUGUUAUAAAUCACCCGGAUAAUAAACUUAGAAGGAUUGGUAUCGAAAGAAUGAAAGUACCCUUUUUUAGAAAAUUAAACGUUGCAUUGGUUCAAUUAUUUCCAGCAUUGUCAACAGUAUUAAAAACCAGAUCCACUUCCAAAGAGGAUGAAAAUUAUGUCAUAAAUUUGGUUAAAAAUAUAAUGGAACAAAGAGAAAACAGUGGCAUUGUAAGGAAUGACUUCAUAGAUCUCUUAAUACAAUUAAAGAAUAAAGGAAACCUUGGAGAUGACGGACACGAAUUUGAAGAACCAUUUGAAAUGACACUGGAAUUAAUUGCAGCCCAAUGUUUUGUCUUUUUUAUUGCUGGAUUUGAGACCUCUAGUUCAGUGCAAAGUUUCUGCCUCUAUGAACUGGCUCUCCACCAAGAUAUUCAAUCAAGACUAAUUAAAGAGAUUGAUGAAACAAUAGAGAAGAAUGGUUCUCUUACUUACAAGGCAAUACAGGAAAUGGAAUAUCUGGAUAUGGUCGUAGCAGAAACAUCGAGGAAGUACCCGACAAUACCAUCCUUAAAUAGGCAAUGUACAAAGACUAUAACACUUCCUUCUGGUCAGAAAAUAGAGAAGGAUACUGCGAUUAUAAUUCCUGUUUGGUCUCUGCACCAGGACCCUCAGUACUUUCCGGAUCCAGAUAAAUUCAAUCCUGAACGAUUUUCACAAGAAAACAAAGACUCUAUUGUUCCUUACACUUAUCUACCAUUUGGUGAAGGGCCUAGGAUGUGCAUUGGAAUGAGAUUUGGACUACUUCAAACCAAAGUGGGAAUAGUGACUCUACUUCGAAAAUUUAGAGUUGAACCAUGUGAAGAAACCAAGAUCCCUCUAGUAAUGGGAGGAGCUUCGGCCACCACUGCAUCUGAUGAGCCUGUUAUUAUUAAGCUUGUAGCAAGAUCUUAAAUGACAGAAUAAGGAUAAAUAUUUACUGAAAAUGCUGCCAUACUUCAUCUUACAACCCCAUAUUUUUAAUGUAAAAUAUAAUUAAGUUUACUUGAUACAUGUAUUGCCUGUCCCAUUAAAGUUAUUCAUUUUAACUCAAUAUAUGCUAUUUAACUAUGUGGCUUGACCAGUAAAAUUGCUGAAUAGUGAAAGAAAAAAAAUGUAUUAAUCUCUUUAAA